AUGAUCAGAAACUCACCGCCAGGAAAUAUCCCGGCGAAUUCAUACAAUGAUGGCAAUGUACAACGGCAGAAGCCGGCGGGAAAGUUAAAAAGCAACAACGAUCAUCAUCCCAUGGAUAUUGGGGAUCAGCUGUCUUUUCGUUUGAACAAUCGCCCCCCGCCAUUAGAGGAUAUUGAUUCACCGACGGAGGAUGACGCAUCUCUACGGGAUUCAUAUACAUCACGUCUGCUCUUUGGUCCUUCGACAUCGCACCAGCUGUCACCGUUGACAAGAUCUCCAUGGUCGUCUUACGUAGAAAAAUCCUUGCCGGAUUGCUCUGAUUCUCAUUCUAAUUACACUGGUUUAUUGGCUUCCCUCGUCCGUGAAGAAGGGAAUAUAUAUUCGUUAGCUGCGACGGGGGAUUUGCUCUAUACCGGAUCUGAUAGCAAGAACAUUCGCGUUUGGAAAAGCCAAAAGGAAUUUUCCUGGUUCAAAUCUAAUAGCGGGUUGGUUAAAGCAAUCGUAAUCGCCGAUGAGAAAAUCUUCACCGGCCACCAGGACGGAAAAAUUAGGGUUUGGAAGGUUUCGCCUAGGAACCCUAGCUCCCAUAAAAGGAUUGGAACGUUGCCCACUUUCAAAUCCGUGGUGAAAAAAUCGAUGAAACCAAAGAAUUACACCGAAGUGAGAGGAACUCAAAGAAUUUGGAUCAAACAUUUCGAUGCAAUUUCUAGUCUUAGCUUCAGCGAAGAUCAAUCGCUUCUUUAUUCAGGUUCAUGGGAUACGACGAUUAAAGUUUGGAAGGUAUCAGAUUUCAAGUGCUUGGAGUCAAUAACUGCACAUGAAGACGCCAUCAACUCGGUGGUCACCGGAUUCGAUGGUAUGGUUUUCUCAGGAUCAGCAGAUGGAACAGUGAAAGCAUGGAGGAGGGAGUUUCAAGGGAAGAGAACGAAGCAUUUCUUUAUCGACAACUUGUUGAAGCAGGAAUGCGCAGUUACGUCGUUGAUUGUUAACCAGUCGGGGACGGUGCUUUACUGUGGCUCCUCCGAUGGAUUUUUGCAUUUCUGGGAACGAGAGCGGUUAUUGUCCCGCGGAGGGCUUUUGAGAGGCCAUAAGCUGGCGGUUCUAUGCUUGGCGGCGGCGGGUAAUUUGGUUUUCAGCGGUUCAGCGGAUACGAACAUUUGUGUGUGGAGGAGAGAAGGAGGAGGAGAACAUAAAUGUUUGUACAUGUUGAGCGGACAUACUGGGCCGGUGAAGUGUUUAGCGGUGGAGGAUGAGCGGCGGGUGGGGAUGGCGGUGUCCCGGUGUAAUAAUAGUAACAGGGUUUGGACGGUGUACAGUGGAAGUUUGGAUAAGUCGGUGAAGGUAUGGAGGGUGUCUACAGAAACGGAAACGGAAAGCCGACAACCGACGGCGAGUGCACCGUCACACCGCCGGAGAAACUCUUCUUCAGGACAAAUCUUCGCACGCAGGCGAGAUUGA